AUGAUGAAUCCCACUUUAAAUUACGCCAUCCAAAGUACAGCUGGGGCUGUCCCCAUUCGAAAUGAAAAAGGUGAACUGUCCAUGCAAAAAGUGAAAGUCCACAGAUACGUUUCUGGUAAGAGGCCCGAUUACGCUCAAGAUGCUCGGUCAGAGAGCGAGAGCGACGAGGAAGAUUUCCUGGAACGGAAAAACCAUUUGGCUUCGGCGCCCUCGCCGGAGCCCGAGAAGAGCGACGAUGACCUAGACGAUCCCCGUUUGAGGAGGUUGAAAAUUGCAGAAGUGGAAACUGAAGUCAGGCCAGAGCGAAGGAGACAUGUUGUGGAUCCUGAAUUACUGGAAUCAUCAGAUGAUGAUGAUGAACUAGAGGAAGAAAUCCAUUUGUCAGAGUACAAACAUACCCUGGAAGCUGCCCCAGAUGAAGAUGAAUCAGAAGCCGAGCUCAGCGAUGGUGAGAUCGAGAAGAAGAGAGAGCUGAUGAAACACCGCAUGCUGAACAAAAAAGAAGAAGAGUUUAUGGCGAAAGAAGAGGAGAAAGAAGAUUCCGAUUCAGAGGAGUCGUCCGAAUAUGAGGAAUACACUGAUUCUGAAGAAGAAACAGGUCCUAGACUCAAACCGGUCUUUGUCCGCAAAAGAGACAGAAUAACGAUAAUUGAAAAGGAGAAAGAAGCCCAGAAACAGAAGAAACUGGAAGAAGAAGCGCAACGCCUGGCUGAAGAAAGAAGAAGGCAAACCUUGAGACUGGUGGAAGAAUCCAUCCGCAAGGACCAACAGCCCAAGGACAAACCAUCCAACGAGCCGCAAGUCGACGACGUCUGCACCGACGACGACAACGACGAGGUCGAGUACGAGGCGUGGAAGCUGCGCGAGUUGCGGCGCGUGAAGCGCGACAGAGAGGAACGCGAAGCUGUGGAGAAGGAGAAGAUGGAGAUGGAGAGGCUGCGCACGAUGACGGAGGAGGAGAGGCGGGCGCAGCUGCGGCUGAUGCCGAAGACGGUGAUCAAUAAGGCGGUGAAGGGGAAGUACAAGUUCUUGCAGAAGUACUAUCACAGAGGUGCCUUCUAUCUGGACAAGGACGACGACGUCUUCAAACGCGACUUCGCGCAAGCCACUCUCGAGGACCACUUCGACAAGACUAUCCUGCCGAAGGUGAUGCAGGUGAAGAACUUCGGCCGCUCGGGGCGCACCAAAUACACGCACCUGGUCGACCAGGACACCACGCAGUUCGACUCGCCGUGGUCCACGGAGAACACGCAGAACAUCAAGUUCCAUUCGCAGCAGGCCGGUGGCGUGAAGCCGGUGUUCGAGAAGCCCUCGCUCAAGAAGAGGAAAAUGCAAUAG